AUGCGUCUUGACCCCGACUCUACAAGCUCGAACGGUCCGCAACAUCAUGCCAACGGCUCAUCGCCUACUUCCCAAAAGAAUGGGAUCUCCACCUCAGCGAAUGGACACUCCUCCCCUACCAACGGCCACUCCUCUCCACAUCAGAACGGCUUCUCAACAUCGAUAGCCAGAUCCAAGAGCUCAAGUUUCUUUGGACAUGACAGGGAAGAGGUCACACGGUUGCUGAUACAGGGGCUCGGGGAUCUGGGAUAUCACGGUGCUGCAAACAGGCUGAUUCAUGAGAGUGGAUACGAAGUGGAAAGUCCUGCGGUGGCAGCUUUUCGGAACGCUAUACUACAAGGGCAGUGGUCAGAAGCCGAGUCAUUGCUAUUUGGGGUGGAUUCCGAAGCAGACGGUGGGGGUGUCAGCAUAAGCAAUGGGCACUCGCAUCAUUUUGGAGGUUUGAAACUUGCCGCGAAUGCAAAUCCGGAUAGUAUGAGGUUCAGCGUACGUGAGCAGAAGUAUCUGGAGCUCUUGGAAAAGACGGAGACGACUACUGCAAUAAUGGUUCUAAGGCAUGAGUUGCAGCCUCUCCGGCAAGAUGUUGGCAGGCUUGAUCAUCUUUCGAGUUUGAUGGUCUGCCCUACGGUCGAAGAUAUGAUGAGACAAGCUCACUGGCAUGGCGCUCUCGGCAACUCACGGCAGACCCUCCUCCAAGAACUCUCUAGGUCAAUCUCGCCAUCAGUGAUGAUACCGGAACAUCGGCUAGCUGUUCUACUCGACCAAAUAAAACAAAGCCAAAUAGCAAAGUGUCUGUAUCACAAUCCCUCAACCUCGCCAUCUCUAUUCACCAAUCACAUGUGUGAUCGGACACAAUUUCCGCUUCAGACUGCUUUCGAACUGAACCAAAGUGAUGGAGAAGUAUAUAUUGUGGAGUUUUCUCACAAUGGUCAAGGACUCGCCGCGAGCGGCGCGGAUGGUGCGACCGUGAUUUACGACACAAGCACUUUCCAAGUCCGACACACUCUUCGAGAGCACACCCGUCCUAUCGUUUACCUUGCGUGGAGUCCAGAUGACACCCGAUUGAUCACUUGUUCGCAAGACAAUAAAGCCAGGGUAUGGGACGCAAGUACCGGAAUGUGCCUCUUGCAAAUCGAUCAUCACAAUCAACCCGUAUCCACGGCAUGUUGGGCACCCGAUGGCGAAACAUUCGUCACCGGGUCGCUCGACAAACAAUCCCAGCUUUGCCUUUGGACUCUGGACGGCCGUCCUUCAUACAAUUGGGCUAUUGAUUACAGGGUACAGGACUGUGCAAUUUCUGCAGACGGCCAACGCAUGGUCACAAUAUCUUCCGAGAGGCAGAUAUUUGUCUACAACUUUGUGACGCGGGAAGAAGAGUACAGCAUCCUGUUGAGGACGAAAAUGACUUGCCUUAGCAUCAGUCGAGAUUCGAGAUAUAUGCUGGUCAACAUGGCUGACAAUGAGGUUCAAUUGAUAGACAUUGAGAGUGCGGAAAUCGUUCGAAGAUUUCUCGGCCAGAAACAAGAACUUUUUGUGAUACGGAGCACCUUUGGUGGCGCCGACGAAAAUCUUAUCAUCAGUGGUAGUGAAGAUUCGAAGGUCUACAUAUGGCACAAAGAGAACGGCACUUUGAUUGAGACUCUGGAAGGCCAUACGAGAGGCUGUGUUAACGCCGUGGCAUGGAACCCGGCAGAUCCUUCAAUGUUUGCCUCUGCGGGCGAUGAUAUGAUAGUUAGAAUAUGGUCGAAAGAAACAGCGCCAAGCCUUUCAAGACGGAAAUCCAGCGCGCCUUCCUCUCAUCGUGGCAGCCGUUACCUCUAA